AAAACAAAAAAUGGUGGAACACGUCAAAAUUGACACGAUUCACCACGGAAACAUGGUGAGACUUUAGUCGUAUCUAUGCCAUUAUCUGCUACCAUGACGAUCAGAUUCCCACGCUACCCUAGAGAACAUUAUUCUCUGGAGACCAUAGACUUGUCAAAGCUUUCUGAAAAAGAAAGAUGGAGGAUAGAACAUCAGAGAUUACAUGAGAAGCACAAAGGUCAUGAGACGAUGCACGCUGAAAUGGCUCUUAUUCUGCUCGCCACGUUGGUGGUUGCCCAGAUUGUCUUAGUUCAGUGGAAACUGAGACAUUUCAAGUCUUAUCAGAGAGCAACGUUAUUGGGAAUGUGGCUAAUUCCUGUUGGUUUCUGUGUAAAGUUUGGCUGGGUCCGAUUCAUUGUGGUGUGGGCUAUCUUUUCCAUUAUCACAACUUACAUUGUGUAUAGGGCUUCCAGGAAACCCUUGUAUGGGCGAACACCCAGACUUGUCUACAAGUGGUUUCUCCUUGUCUUCAAGAUCAGCUACGCCGCAGGUAUCAUCGGCUACAUCAUUGUCAUGUUCACUAUAUUUGGCAUCAGCAUGCUGUUCCUCGUCAAACCGCAGAAUGCCAUGGACUUCGGUUUGCUUAUCCUCUUCUAUGGGCUUUAUUUCGGGGUUGUUGGGCGAGAUUUUGCCGAGGUUUGCUCCGAUACAAUGGCAGCUCACAUUGGGUAUUACUCUAAAACAGGUCUACCGUCAAAGAGGUUAGACCCUAAUAUAUGUGCAGUAUGUGGCAAUGAAAUUUUAGUACUAAAUAACGAAGAUGCCAUCAUUGAAAGUACCUGUAAGUUAUCAUGUAACCAUGUAUUUCACGAGUUCUGCAUACGAGGCUGGUGCAUUGUGGGAAAGAAGGAGACGUGUCCAUACUGCAAGGAGAAGGUCGAUUUGAAGAGAAUGUUUCCAAGUCCAUGGGAACGGACCAAUGUAAUGUAUGGAAAUCUUCUGGACUGGAUCCGGUAUCUGGUUGCUUGGCAACCAGUCAUUAUUGUUGUAGUUCAGGGAAUAAAUUGGGCACUGGGUUUAGAAUAAUGAACAAUAAACAUAACCUUUAUGAACCACGUGAUCAAGUUGUGUACAGUAUCAGAACAUUGUCCCAUUUCUGUUUUGUUUAUAGUGUACCAUGUCUUGUUUGUUUUUUGUGAGCGUGUGUAUGCUGCAUCUAUAAAUUAACAUGGGUUUUGUGUGUGCGUGCGUUUGUGUGUGUUGGCACAUGUAUGAAUGCAUUUGUGUGAGCAGUGAGGAUUUAGGAUUUUUGUUUUAUUUAUGUAUUCAAAGAUGUAAAGAUUAAAAUCGGUUUCAUGAAA